AUGGCGUUCGGAGACCAGCUCGAGCGCAUGCUCUCUCGUCCGACGGCGAAACCAUACAGAUCAGGCAAAAUCACACAGCAGCAAGUCCAUCUGAACCAGGACGGCCAUGUCGACUUUGGACCAGAUGACAUCGAGAACCCAAAAUCCUGGUCGAGGACGCGAAGAUGGUACAUCACGGUUGUGUCCGUGGCCUUGGUGGUGAAUGCGACAAUGGCGAGCUCUGCACCAACUGGAUGUCUCGAAAGCAUAUCAGAAGAGCUUCACGUAUCGAAGGAGGCGGCGAAUCUUGUCACCACGCUCUUUUUGCUGGGAUACUGCUUCGGUCCUUUGGCAUGGGCGCCACUGAGUGAAUUCUACGGUCGUCGAUGGGUAUUCUAUCUGACCUUCGGUGCCUAUUGGGCCUUUAACUUCCUAUGUGCCUUUACGCCAAACUUCGGUGGACUGCUGGCUGGACGCUUCUUGACGGGCACAUUUGCCUCCGCUGCGUUGAGCAAUGCUCCUGGCGUUUUGGCUGACAUCUGGGGCCCCAUUGAACGUGGUCAAGCAAUGGUUGUGUUCAGCAUCAUGACUUUUGCAGGGCCUGCACUGGGACCAGUCAUCUCAGGAUUCCUACAGAUCACCGAGAACUGGCGAUGGUCGUUCUACGUUCUGCUAUGGAUGGGCUUUGGGACUAUGAUCCUCAUGUUCACAAUUCCUGAGACUCUGCCGGCUCAAGUGCUAUCGAACAAGGCCAAGCGGAUUCGAAACGCAAAGAUGCCAGGCUUCGAGAACGUACAAUCACCCGUGGAAGCGUCAGGUCGAACACUGGUCGGUCUGUACAAGGUCGCUCUCACCCGGCCGUGGAUCAUCCUGUUCGAUCCCAUCGCUUUCUUGGUGGCUAUCUACAUGAGCAUUGUCUACGCUCUCCUGUACAUGCUCUUCACCAUCUACCCAAUUGUCUUCCAGCAACAUCGUGGUUGGAACGCCGGUGUUGGCGCCCUUCCUCUAAUCGGCACGAUGAUCGGUGCCUUCAUCGCUGGAGGCAUCGUCUUCUACGAAUCCACACUGGGUAGGAAGAAGAUGGAGGCAGGUAUCGAGAGAACUCCUGAGGAUCGUAUGCCUCUGGCUAUGAUCGGCGGCAUCUUGUUCCCGGCUGCAAUGUUCUGGUUUGCAUGGAGCGCCAACUUCAACUACGUUCACUGGAUCGUACCUACAAUUGCUGGAGCUCUUCUCUGCACGGGCAUCGUACUUAUCUUCGUCAGCUACCUGAACUACCUCACGGACACCUACUUGAUGUUCGCUGCUAGUGCCAUUGCAGGCAACACCGUCACCCGAUCUGCGCUUGGUGCUGUGGCUCCCCUCUUCACAGAGCAAAUGUUUACCGCCCUUGGCAUUGGAGGUGCGGGAUCUCUGAUCGGAGGCAUUGCCUGUCUUCUCGCCCCGAUUCCAUUUCUUUUCUACCGUUACGGAGCUAGAAUUCGCCAAAGAUCCAGAUUUGCACCAACGGGAGACUCCAAGCCGGGAGAAGAGAAGAAGGCCGAGCAACAGGCAGAACGACCAGCUUCUCAAGCUGAUGACAGCACUUCUGAGGAUGAGGCUGUUGAGGAGGAAGUGGGAGCGAAAGAUCUGGAAAAGGAGAUCUCGCGUGAGAGCGCUGGGCCGCAUACAACAGGAGACCCUUAUCUCGAUGCUGAUGGGAUAGAGAAGGCAGAGCGUUAG